AUGUCUUCUAUCCAAUGCCUGAACCCUAAGGCGGAAUUGGCCAGACAUGCGGCCGCGCUCGAACUCAACAUCAGCGGAGCUCGCGGACUCCAAGACGUUAUGCGAUCAAACCUUGGACCAAAAGGUACACUCAAAAUGCUCGUUUCCGGAGCUGGAGAUAUCAAGUUGACCAAGGACGGAAAUGUUUUGCUUCACGAAAUGGCUAUUCAACAUCCAACAGCUUCAAUGAUUGCCAAAGCUUCUACCGCCCAAGAUGAUGUUACUGGAGAUGGAACCACAUCCACUGUUCUUCUGAUUGGGGAACUUCUGAAACAAGCCGAAUCUCUAGUUCUCGAGGGACUCCAUCCACGACUUGUUACCGAAGGUUUCGAAUGGGCUAACACUAAAACUCUUGAAUUCUUGGAGAAGUUCAAGAAGGAAGUUCCAGUAGAACGUGAUCUCCUUGUCGAAGUUUGCCGCACAGCUCUCCGCACCAAACUUCAUCAAAAGCUUGCUGAUCAUAUCACAGAAUGUGUUGUGGACGCUGUUCUCGCAAUUCAACGCGAUGGGGAAGAGCCUGAUCUUCAUAUGAUUGAGAAGAUGGAAAUGCACCAUGACAGUGAUAUGGAUACGAACCUCGUUCGUGGAUUGGUUUUGGAUCACGGGUCACGUCAUCCAGAUAUGCCAAAACACGUCAAAGAUGCUUACAUUCUCACCUGCAACGUUUCUUUGGAAUACGAGAAAACUGAGGUCAACUCUGGACUGUUCUACAAGACUGCCAAAGAACGCGAGGCUCUUCUAGCUGCUGAGCGUGAAUUCAUCACUCGUCGAGUUCACAAGAUCAUUGAGUUGAAGAAGAAAGUUGUCGACAACUCACCGGACGGCAAAAACAAGGGAUUCGUUGUUAUUAACCAGAAAGGAAUCGACCCUCCAUCUCUCGAUUUGUUGGCUGCCGAAGGAAUUCUUGCUCUUCGUCGAGCUAAACGACGAAACAUGGAACGUCUUCAGUUAGCAGUCGGAGGAGAAGCAGUUAACUCCGUAGACGACUUGUCUCCAGAAGAUCUCGGAUACGCUGGACUUGUCUACGAACAUUCGCUCGGAGAGGAAAAAUAUACUUUCAUCGAAGAGUGUCGUGCUCCUAAAUCUGUCACCCUUCUCAUCAAGGGACCUAACAAGCAUACUAUUACCCAAAUCAAGGAUGCUAUUCAUGAUGGUCUCCGUGCUGUUUUCAACACAAUCGUCGACAAAGCUGUACUUCCUGGUGCAGCUGCUUUCGAAAUCGCCGCCUAUGUGAUGCUUAAAAAGGAAGUUGAAACUUUGAAAGGAAGAGCUAAGCUCGGUGCUGAUGCCUUUGCCCAAGCCUUGCUUGUCAUUCCAAAAACCUUAGCUGUGAAUGGAGGAUAUGAUGCCCAGGAGACACUUGUUAAAUUGAUUGAGGAGAAGACUGCUGCUGGACCAGAUCUUGCCAUCGGACUUGAUCUUGAAACGGGAGAGGCAGUUGAGCCACAAGGAAUCUGGGACAACGUGACCGUGAAGAAGAACAGUAUUUCAUCGGCAACAGUACUCGCUUGCAAUCUUUUGCUCGUUGACGAGGUUAUGCGCGCCGGAAUGACCAAUUUGAAGACACCUCAACCAGAAUAA